AUGGACUACAAAGCUGAUGAGAAGGUCGCUGUUGACCAUGGUGAUGAGGUUCAUGAUGCUCAUGUCGCGGUGCAGCUUGCGCAUGAUGUUGAGAAUCAGAAGUUGUCGCCAUGGACGCCUCGUAUGUUCAGGCUGUACUUCAUUCUGGCUUGCGCAUACCUCUGCGGUUGCUUGAACGGAUAUGAUGGCAGUCUUCUCGGUGGUAUCAAUGGUAUGAAGGCAUACCAACGCUACUUCAACAUGUCUUCCGAGGGUUCCUCGACCGGAAUCGUCUUUGCUAUGUACAACAUUGGUUCCAUCGCCGCCGUAUUCUUCACCGCCCCCGUAAACGAUUUCUUCGGCCGACGAUGGGGCAUGUUCACCGGCGCCAUCGUAGUCAUCAUCGGAACAUGCGUCCAAGCUACAUCCACCGGACGAGGCCAAUUCCUCGGCGGUCGCUUCAUCCUCGGCUUUGGUGUCAGCUUCUGCUGUGUCUCUGCCCCUUGCUACGUUAGCGAGAUGGCGCACCCCAACUGGCGAGGUACCAUUACUGGUCUGUACAACUGUACUUGGUACAUCGGUAGCAUCAUUGCUAGUUGGGUCGUCUACGGCUGCAGUUACAUCGAUGGUGACAUUGCCUGGAGAGUUCCCAUUUGGUGCCAGAUGAUUACCUCUGGUAUCGUCGCGCUUGGCGUUCUGUGGCUGCCUGAAUCUCCUCGAUGGCUCAUCGCCCAGGACAGAGUUGAGGAUGCUGUCAAAGUUCUUGCUACAUACCAUGGUGAGGGUGACGAGAACCAUCCUAUGGUUGUGCUGCAGAUCAAGGAGAUGUCCAACCAGAUUGCUGCUGAUGCCACCGAUAAGUCUUGGUGGGACUACCGUGGACUCUGGAACACUCAUAGUGCGCGUCGCCGACUUAUCGGAGUCUUGGGUAUGGCUGUCUUUGGACAAGUCAGUGGAAACAGUUUGAGCUCUUAUUAUCUACCCGUCAUGCUGAAGCAAGCCGGCAUCACCAACGAAAAGAAGGUGCUGGCUCUGAACGGUAUCAACCCUGUGCUCUGCUUCUUCGGUGCCAUUCUCGGAGCUCGUCUCACUGAUGUCGUUGGUCGCCGCCCUCUUCUGAUCUACUCAAUCAUCUUCUGCUCUUGCUGUUUCGCCGUCAUCACCGGUACCAGCAAGCUCUCCCUCGAUCAACCCGACAAUGCUUCUGCAGCCAACGCCACCGUUGCCAUGAUCUUCAUCUUCGGUAUCGUGUUCUCUUUCGGUUGGACUCCUCUCCAGUCAGCAUACAUCGCCGAAUGCUUGUCCACCGACAUUCGAGCCAAGGGUACUGCCGUCGGUAACCUUGCUAGUUCAAUUGCGUCGACCAUCAUCCAGUACAGCAGUGGUCCCGCUUUCCAGGACAUCGGAUACUACUUCUACCUUGUGUUUGUCUUUUGGGAUCUGUUUGAAGCUGUCUUCAUCUACUUCUUCUUCCCGGAGACCAAGGACCGCACUCUGGAGGAAUUGUCCGAAGUCUUUGAGGCACCCAACCCUGUCAAGAAAAGUCUUCAGAAGAGAGAUGCGCAGACUGUUAUGAACACGCUGAAUGUGACUGGAGAUGCGAAGCUUGCGGGAGAGGUUUGA